UUCUGCAAAUUCGUCUUCUUUUUCAGAGAUUCUAGAUAAGUGCUAAUGCUUUGUGAGAAUGGAGAAUCAUUUCAACUGUUAUUUUCAGCGAACCACUACCAAGUUUUAUUGUCAUCGUGGGUUUGAGAUUUGGUACGAAACUGAGAAAGAAUUAUCUGCGGAUUUGAAUUCCCAUCUGCAAUAAGCGAGCUUGGUGAUUCAAGAACAGAACUUUGAUUAUAAUUAAUAAUAAUAAUCAGGUUGAGAGGAGAUUCGUCAUGGAUUCAGGUUCUGUGAACUCAUCUUCUGUCACUAGUCCAGUGUCGAGUUUGAACGAUGAGCCGCAUCGUGUUAAAUUCCUGUGUAGCUUCUUAGGCAGUAUAUUGCCUCGUCCUCAGGAUGGGAAAUUGAGGUAUGUUGGUGGAGAGACGAGGAUUGUGAGUGUGAAUAGAGAUAUUAGGUAUGAGGAGUUGAUGGGCAAGAUGAGAGAGCUUUAUGAUGGUGCAGCGGUGUUGAAGUAUCAGCAGCCUGAUGAGGAUCUUGAUGCUUUGGUCUCGGUUGUGAAUGAUGAUGAUGUGACGAAUAUGAUGGAGGAAUAUGAUAAGUUAGGUUCAGGGGAUGGGUUUACUAGGCUUAGGAUCUUUCUGUUUUCGUCUCCUGAGCAGGAUGGUUCUUUGCAUUAUGUGGAACGCGAUGAUCAGAGGGAAUCUGAGAGGAGAUAUGUUGAUGCUCUUAAUAAUUUGAUCGAAGGGACAGACUUUAGGAAGCUUCAGCAGUAUCCUGAUUCACCUCGUUUCAAUCUCGUUGAUGAAUUUUCGAUGGUGGAACCGAUGCUGAAUCAGCUGAGCAUUGAGACUGGUGGUGGUAGCCAGAGGGGCACCGAGAUACCUACUGCGCAGUAUAGUAAUCUUCACCAGCUCAGGAUUCCUCGUGUGGGUUCAGGGCAGAUGCUUGCACAGAGGUAUGGUGAAGUAGAAGGUACAUGGAGUCCUUACUAUUCUCCUCGGCACCAUGGACAUCAUGAUCCCAGAACUUUUCAGGAAUUUCCAUCUUCGCCUUCUUCUGCUCGUUAUCGAAUGCCAUAUGGGGAAAUUCCUGAUAAGGGUUUCGAUAGAAUGCCUGAGGAGUAUGUGAGGCCGCAAGCAAGUCAUCAUCCUUUAUAUGAGCACCAGGCACACAUUCCUGACAGUGUGGUGUGGGUCCCAGCUGGAGCAAUGCCACCUGAGAGUAAAGGUGGUUUUCCUGGGAAUGUUCUUCACAGUGGUCCAGGUGGCUAUGAAGGUGGUAAUGUAUGCGAGAACUGUCGUGUACCGUAUCAUAGGAACCAUCAGCUUUUGGAGCAGCAUAAUAUAGGCAACAAUGGAUAUCCACCGGUUCAUUGUGCACAUUGUCCACCAAACAGGGAAAGUUUCCUGCUUAACACAGACCCGAAGCCUACUCAUCACGGAGCUUAUCCCAAUGAGACUUUCGGACAUGAAAGAGGAUGGAUGGUCCAACAACAGGUGAAUUCUAAUCCUCCAAGGAUUGAGGAAGGAAGGUCACAUAUUUCUAAUGUUGGAAGACCAAACGAUCAUUACACUCCCGAUUAUCCUGUGCCGAACUAUCCUCUUGGUCAACGAGCUGGACAUGAAAUUUCCAAUGAAGGGUUCCAUGAUAAACCACUUGGUGGCAUUCCCCUGAAUUCGGCCAACCGUUCUGCUGAGGAACGUGGGUUUCAUUAUGGGAAUAAUCUCUAUCCUCCAGGACCUGAAAGUAUCCACUCAGCAGGUCAUAGCCAUAUGCACCCUCAACAAAAUAUUUGGCAGAACGUUUCAAAUCCUAUAGCUGGUCCUCCAGGCUUGCCCAUGCAAAUCAAUGGCACAGUCAAUCAGACCAUUAUCAGGAAUCCGGUAGAAACUGCUCCUAGGUAUUCUAUUGGAGUGGAGAAUCAAGGUGUUUUGGUUGGUUCCCCGCAAAGGAUUUCAGGCUUUGAUGGAAUGUCCUCCCCUGGCCAGCCUUACUACCCUAAUCCCCAUUUGCAAGAUAGAGCCUUCCCUUUAGACCCAAAUUGGGUGUCAUCUGAAAACCCGACAGUACAUAAUGAACAUCUACAGGUGCGUGAGCCUUUGUCUGGGCCAUUGUUACACCCCAAUGCUGCACCAAUUAUGCAGACACCAGUUAUCCAGACACCUGAGAGCAAGUUUGCUCAGGGAGGUGAACAAUUUAACUAUGUUGAUACUGGUGUUUCAAAUGGUGUUCCUUACCUAGAUAAGCCUCAACAGUUAGCUGAAGGAAAGAAAGAUAUGGUAGAAGUUAGUCCUGAAGGGGCAGAGCUAUCAGUUGAGCGUUUGAGUUUCUUGCCUGAGUUAAUGGAAUCUGUGAAGAGGGCGGCACUUGAAGGAGCUGCUGAAGUUAAAGCUCAUCCAGAAGAAUCCAAAGAUCAAGUGAGGCCGGAGUUGGUGGAAAAUGAAUCAGAGCAUAUGAAUGCUCAAGACGAACCUGAGAUAGAUUCUGAUAGCGAUAACCCAAACAAUUUCAAGAUUGAACAAACAAAGGCUGAGGCUGAAGCUCGAUCCAGGGGACUACAGUCUAUAAGAAACGAUGAUCUGGAGGAGAUCCGAGAGUUAGGCCAUGGAACAUAUGGAUCUGUUUACCAUGGAAAAUGGAAAGGCUCAGAUGUUGCAAUAAAGAGAAUAAAAGCCAGCUGCUUUGCAGGCAAACCUUCUGAAAGGGAACGUUUGAUAGAAGAUUUUUGGAAAGAAGCCCUGUUAUUGAGCUCAUUGCAUCACCCAAACGUUGUGUCGUUCUAUGGUAUAGUUCGUGAUGGUCCUGAUGGUUCUCUAGCAACUGUCGCUGAGUUCAUGGUUAACGGAUCUUUGAAACAGUUCUUGCAGAAGAAGGAUAGAACUAUUGAUCGUCGCAAAAGACUCAUCAUAGCCAUGGAUACUGCAUUUGGGAUGGAGUACUUGCACGGAAAGAACAUAGUUCAUUUCGAUUUGAAGUGUGAGAAUCUUCUUGUGAACAUGAGAGAUCCUCAGCGUCCUAUAUGCAAGAUUGGUGAUUUGGGGUUAUCGAAGAUAAAACAGAAGACUCUAGUAUCAGGAGGUGUUCGUGGGACUUUGCCAUGGAUGGCACCUGAGCUCUUGAGUGGGAAAAGCAACAUGGUCUCUGAAAAGAUCGAUGUUUACUCGUUUGGGAUUGUAAUGUGGGAAUUACUCACUGGUGAAGAACCUUACGCAGACAUGCAUUGUGCUUCAAUAAUUGGAGGUAUAGUGAAUAACGCAUUGCGUCCGAAAAUCCCACAGUGGUGUGAUCCAGAGUGGAAGGGAUUGAUGGAAAGUUGCUGGGCCUCUGAGCCAACAGAGAGACCAUCCUUUACUGAAAUAUCACAGAAGCUCAGGACUAUGGCUGCUGCUAUGAAUUUGAAAUAAGUAAAUACAUAAACAUAAAAAAU